AUGAUGGACCAGUCCUUGGAUGUGUUUAAACUGAGUGACAGUGGUAGUGUUCACACCUCUGCCACCUUCUCUUCCUCAACUUGCUCGGAGCCAGAUGUUUGGAGUGUGGACUUGGAUAAUAUGUUGGGCGAAACUCCCACCGAACGUCGAACGCCAGCACUACGAGUGACUUCCGAAGGUAACUACCAACGUCGUCGCAGCAGCAUGAAGGGAUCGUCUCGUCCUACCAUGAAGCGCACGGUGUCGUUUGAUAAGGUUAAAGUGCGCGAGUUCAACCAAGUCCUCGGUGACAAUCCCCCCGAACAGGGUCCUUCCAUUGGUCUUGGCUGGCUCUACCACGAAAAGAAGGACAAGGACUUGGAGGCGUUUGAAUCCAAGCGCAAAGGAUCGUCUUUUUUUGUGCUGCGCCGAAACCACUCGUCGGCGGGCCCUCUAACGCCCGAAAAGCGAGAGAAAUUGGCGCGCAAGUUGGGAUAUUCUCAAGACGAAAUUCUAAAGAACAUGCGGGCCGUCCAACGAUGCCAACAACGACGAAAAAGGACGGUAGAAGAGGUACUACUCAUGGGCAUGUACGAGCCAGAUGAGGAAUACGAUCCCGUCUCCAUCAUGAAGGCGGCGCAACGAUUGCAUGGACGAUCGUGA